AUGGGCGAGCAAGCCAUCUUUGGGGCCUGUGAGGCUUUCUACAAGAAGUGCUACAGUGAUGACAGGAUAAAACAUUGGUUCCAGGGCAUCAGCCCCAACACCAUGGCAAAGAAGAUGACGGCCUUUGCCUGCUAUGCCUUUGGCGGCGAUGAAGCCUAUGCUGGCAGAGAUCUUGCAGAGGCUCACGCAGGGUUGGUCAAACGUGGCAUGGGCGACUAUGACUUUGAUGUCGUGGUGGAGCUCUUUGUUGAGGCUUUGAAGGAAGGCAAAGUGCCUGACGAGAUGAUCGGCGAGAUUGGAGCCAUCGUGGGGCAACUGAGGGACCCUGUGCUUGGGCGCCUUCCUCGAAUGGAGGGCGUUUGCCCAUACCAUUCAGAUUCAGGCUCAGAAGAAUGUCCACACAGCUCGGGCUCGGGGUCAGGCCCAGGCGAUGGUGGUCAUGAGGCCACCCUGAAGGGGAACACAGUCGAUCAGGAUGAAGACACACAAAGCCCAAUUCGUGGCUCGGCUGAUGUGACUGGUGAUUCUUCCAAUGGCGCCUCACAAAACUCGAUGGGCAGCAUGCGCAGGCACGGCAAUAUGGUGCUCAGUCCGAUCACUGAUCUGCGCAGGCCCGACGAGGAGUUGGUACUGAGCCCAACUAGUGACAUGCACAGCAACGAAGACAUGGUCCUCAGCCCUGGCAGGGACGUGCCCAGGCACCACAAUGGCUUUCACAGCCCCACCCCAGAGGUGCACAGGUUGUACGACGGCUUCCGCAGCCCCCCCAAGGAAGUUCACAGGCCUGAUGACCGAUACUACAGCAAGAGCAGGGAUGCCUACAGUCCAGAUGAAAGGGGGGGCGGGCCAAGCAAGGAUAUGCACAGGUCGGAUGGAAGGCUGCAUAACCAAAGUGGAGUGAUGCAUGAACCUGAUGGCAGGUAUAACGAUCCGAGUAGGGACUCGCACAGGCCAAAUGACAGGUACUACAGUUCGGAGGGGGAUGCACACAUACCAGGGGAGAUAGGCCAGGACCUGACUGGGGAAGUGUAUGAGGUUGAUGGAAGGUACCAGGCCCACACCAGUGAUAUGCCGAGACCUGGUGCAGGGUAUCGGGGUACCAGGGACACACGUAAUGAAAGGCCUGAAGGUUGGACAAGGGAGGGGGCAGCGGAUGGUGAAAGGAAUCAAACCCGAAGCCAAGAUGUGUACAGGCCCCCUGUGAGGGCGGCAUGCCCGAUGGCAGGCAAGAGCAGUGCGAAUGGAGGCAGGGGCAGUGCCAACGGGGGUGUGCAGGGCCUGAGAUCAAGCAUGCAUAGGUCUGCUGAAAGACUGCACAGCUCAAGCAUGCGCCGACAAAGGGUAUCCAGCCCAGUUCCGGGAAUGAGGACUAUGGGUGCGCAGAAUACCAGCAGGGGGUCGCAGAACUCCCAAGAAAGUAUGACUACAUCAGAUGAAAGGUAUUUCAGCCCAGGCAGCGAGAUCCAGAGGUCGGGUGAAAGAUAUGGCGCAAUGGGCAGUCCCAUGCAAAGGAGCAGUGAAAGACAUGUCGACGUGCAGAGCUCUGGUGAAAGGUACUCCAUUCCAGGCAGCGACCUGCAGAGUUCGGAUGAAAGAUAUCACAGACCAGGAGGGGACAGGCAGCGGCAAGAUGCAAGGUUUCACAGUCCCAGCCGAGACAUGCGAGGGCUUAGGGACAGGCCAACCGGUCAAGGAAUGGACAGGGGCACUGGCAGCAGAAGGCACGGUGCCAGCAGUGGCAGGCAGGGCGCCAGCGAAGACAUGCACAGACGUGAUGAAAGGGUGCACAGGCCUGAUGAGGGUGUGCAGAGAGCGCCCACUGGUUCGGAUUGGGCCCCAUCUGCCCAAGGCGGAGUGGACAGAACCAAUGACGGGAUGUACAGUGUGGAGUUGAGAGUGCACAAUACGUACGAAGAAGCAGAGAGUGCAGAUCCAGGCAUGUACUAUCCACGCCAAGAUGUGCACGGGCUCCCACGCUCUCCAUAUGGGAGUAGGCAGGCAGAGUGA